UUGACCACGCCCUGCUUGAUUUUCAUUGGUUAAUGGCCAACUUUCGUCAAGGAACUCAGGAAAGCGUGUGAUUCGAGAGAGGAGUUGAGUUUGGACACUGUUUUGUAUAUAAUCGGACAUAAAUAAAAUACAUAUUUACAGCUGUAUUCUGUAAAAUGGUCGGGGUAAAAGUAAUCGGGAAUGAUUCAGAAUUCCAACCUGAGCUAGCAGCCGCCGGCUCAAGGCUUGCGGUAGUGAAGUUCACAAUGGCAGGGUGUCGACCCUGUGUCAGAAUAUCCCCUGCUUUCAACAUGUUGAGUAACAAGUACCCACAUGUGAUUUUUCUUGAAGUAGAUGUACACGUCUGUCAGGCAACGGCUGCCGCUAACAACAUCUCUGCAACGCCAACAUUUUUGUUUUUCCGUAACAAAGUGCGCAUUGACCAGUAUCAGGGUGCAGAUGCCUCGGGUCUAGAGGAGAAGAUCAAGCAGCAUGUAGAAAACGACCCUGGAAGCAACGAGGAUUCCGAUAUUCCCAAGGGAUAUAUGGACCUGAUGCCGUUUGUGAACAAAGCUGGCUGUGAGUGCCUAAAUGAGAGCGAUGAGAGCGGUUUUGACAACUGCUUGGUCAAGGACACCACCUACCUGGAGUCUGACUGUGACGAGCAGCUCCUCAUCACGAUGGCCUUUAACCAACCUGUCAAGCUGUACUCAAUGAAGCUCCAGUCCUCUGACUUCGCCCAGGCACCUAAGUGUGUGAAGAUCUUCAUCAACCUGCCUCGCUCCAUGGACUUUGACGAUGCUGAACGGAGCGAGGCCACCCAGACCCUGGACCUGGCAGAGGAGGACUUCAAGGACGACGGGCUGAUUCCACUGAGAUACGUCAAAUUCCAGAACGUUCAGAGCGUCACUAUGUUUGUGAAGAACAACCAAGGGGAUGAGGAGACAACUAAAAUCAAGUACCUUACUUUUAUCGGGACCCCUGUACAGGCAACAAACAUGAACGACUUCAAACGGGUUGUGGGCAAGAAAGGAGAGAGUCACUGAGAAAGAGGAGAGGAGAAGAGAAGACUGGCCAUAUUGCCGCGAUGAUCCCUCCCAGUACUUGCUUGUCUGUCUGCCAAACCUGCUGGGUGGGUCAGGGGUCAGGGGUCAGGGGUCAGCUCCACUGUAACGCAACACUGACAACCAACUCUGUGUCCCAAAUGACAACAUAUUCCCUUUAUAGUGCACUACUUUUGACCCUUUUAUAGUGCACUACUUUUUGGACCUGGUAUCCAUCCUGAAGUAGCGCUUUGAUCCAGGAUCCAAAGACUUGUCUAAGAUUAAAAGUAGUGCACUAGAUGGGGGGAAUAGGGUGCCGUUUUGGGACGCGACGUCUGUAUGAGCUGUCCUCCAUGUUCGCCUGUGAAAUCACCAAGAUGAGGCGACUCAAUUCAAUUCAUUCAAACAUUUUUAUUGUAAUUCAGACAAACACUGUAAAUAAACACAAUCCAAAGGCA